AUGUCGGACUUGAAAGAAGAGAAUCACAAGUUAUUAUCCAAAUUGGACUUGUUAGAAAAAAUGGAGAGUGCGUAUAUUGAUGAAAUAGAAAGUCUUAAUGAACUUAUUGCUUGUUUGAAACGUAAAAGUCCAGGAGAAUUCCGGAAUAUUGAUGAUCGCCAGUCAGAGAAAUUAAGCAAGAAAAACCGUCUGGCUGAGAAGCUUAGCGCUGCCGAAAAUUUGGAGGCUGACCUGUUAAAACGAUUACGUGCUCGUGAAAAUAAAGUGGACGAAAUUUGUAUGGAUUCUAACACUGGAGCUUUAAAUGAAGUUAAACUAUUAGAAAAUGAACUGUCCGAAAUGAAAAUAGCUGCACAAAUGAAUACAUCGCGAUUGUGUCGAUGUAUCGAAGAAUUAGAAGAGGACUUUUGUUGUGUACAGAGUUAUAAAGAUGAAUUAGAGCAGAAGUUAAAGGUACGAGUUGAUAAAGAACGCAUACUUGUCGAACAAAUGGUCGUUAAACAGAAUGAGAAAAUCAAAGAAUUAAGACGACGCUUGAAUAAUAUGCCUACAAAGCUUGCGUCUUUACUUGCUGUAAUACGGGUGGAUUCGUGUCCAUACACGGAGAUAAUGGAUAUUUUACGUGCUGAAAUUGAAGAUAUACGUUGGGAAAAUGAAAAACUUCAUCGAAAAAUGAAAGAUUAUGAAGAAUUAAAGCAGCUAACAAAAAAUGAUUCAAUUGAACUGUUUUAUGGUCUUAUUUUAAGGUAUAAUUCCAGUGACGGGUCAGUUAUAUGCCAUCUUGAUGACUCCAAAAAAUUGAAAACUUCGUCUAAAUCAUCUACAUGUCGAGGACCAUCACAAGCGGACGACAAGACUUCAGGCUCUAGUGGAUGA